CCCUAGCAUUUUCCAUCUAUCCGGUUCCUCAUCCGGAGCUCUUGAUCUUGAUUAUGUCGUAUAUCAGGGAAAUUUACUUUGCAAAAUGUCUAUUGUAUCCGCAAACAGCAUUCGGCCAGCAAGGAGCUAUCCUCGGGUUACCGGUACCUCUGACAUCCCGUGAGAGCAAUCAGGGUCCAGCCAUGAUUCCAGGGAAUGCGCCACCAUCGGACCCAUAGCUUGAGGUGGUCGACCCACAGACUUGAAAACAACAUCGUAGGUCUUAGCUUCAGCGCCGACUGCAGUAACCGUUCCACUGGCCAGACUCAGAUCGCCUGUUAUUCCGAUCGACCGGAGUGCUACCAAGGCAAAAGUACUGGAUGCGAUACCGUGGAAUGAUCUGCCCAACUCGAAAUUCCCAUAUCGUCACUAUAGCCUACCAUGGAAAACAGGGAACACAUGAAGAAAUCCAAGAAUUGGUUCUUCUGUGUGAUGAUGCCCUGAGACAUGAGAUCGCCCCACAAAGAUACAGCCGGAUGUCGCAUGUAUAAAUCAUGAUCCCCAAUAAUUUGCGCAGAUACUUGGGUUGUUUUUUCCUUCUUCUUUCUUCGUAAAGUUUCGAACCCCUGGCUAGCAUUGGGUUUGAAGAUGGAGAGCCCCAGUGGUGUGUAUCUCUUCGGAGACCAGACUGCAGAUUUCGAUUCAGGUCUUCGCCGCCUGCUGCAAGCCAAGAAUGACUCGCUGCUGAUAGCCUUCUUUCAGAAGUGCUAUCAUGCCUUACGCAAGGAAAUCAGCCAGCUGUCGCCAUCCCAGCGACAGAUGUUCCCGCGAUUCACAAGCAUUGUCGAUCUCCUGGCCAGAUAUAGAGAAUUUGGACCCAAUCCAGCUCUGGAGAGCGCGUUGACGACAAUCUAUCAACUGGGAUGCUUCAUCCACUAUUAUGGAGAUCUUGGACAUCAGUAUCCAUCAAAGUCCGAGAGUCUCAUAGUUGGCCUAUGCACAGGUCAACUGGCUUCUGCCGCUGUUAGCUCUUCCAAAACAGUUGGAGAGCUGAUCCCAGCCGGCGUUGAGACCGUUGUUCUGGCUCUCAGACUAGGAACUUGUGUCGUGAAAAUGCGUGAGCUUGUUGAGGAGAAUGGGCACUCACAAAGCUGGUCUGUCCUUGUUUCUGGCAUGCGUCAGGAAGAGGCUCAAAAGAUCAUUGAGAAUUUCGGUCGAGCAAAUGCUUUGCCUCGCGUUUCACUGCCAUAUAUUAGUGCUGUGAGCCCCAAUGGCCUGACUAUCAGUGGAGCACCCAGUGUUCUGGGGCAAUUCAUCGAAACCUCACUCCCAAAAGAGUCGAAGCCCGUGAGAGUUCCAAUCCACGGUCCGUACCAUGCCAUGCACCUCUACGAUGAGAGAGACAUUGGCCGCAUUCUGGAAUCUUGGCCCACGAAGAAGUUCGCGAACUAUGUCCCACUAAUCCCUGUGCUAUCGAGUGCGAGUGGCAAACCGUUCAAUGCCAAGAGCCUCGAAGAUCUUCUGAGGCUGUCGCUUGAGGAAAUCUUACUCCGUCAACUUUGCUGGGACAAGGUUAUUGACUCGUGUGCAUCUGCUUUGAAGCCGGCCACCUCAACAUGCACGUUGUAUCCCAUCUCAAGCACCGCAACUCAAAGCCUUUACGGCUCACUGAAGAAGAUCGGAAUAUCAAAUCUAGAGCUCGACAGCACUAUUGGUGACGUGAAGAAGAAUCCCGAGACUCCCAACAGCACCGGUCGUGCCGAUCAGUCUAAGAUUGCGAUUAUUGGUUUGUCCGGAAGAUUUCCCGAAGCUCCAGACACUGAAGCGUUCUGGGAUCUCUUGUACAAGGGACUCGAUGUUCACCGUGAAGUGCCUCCGGAGCGUUGGGAUGUCAAGGCCCACGUCGAUAUGGAAGGAGAUACGAGGAACACGAGCAAAGUUCAAUACGGAUGCUGGAUUAAUGAGCCAGGCCUGUUUGAUCCUCGUUUCUUCAACAUGUCUCCGCGUGAGGCACUCCAAGCCGACCCGGCUCAGCGCCUUGCGCUCCUCACCGCUUAUGAGGCCUUCGAAAUGGCUGGCUUUAUUCCUGACAGCACCCCGUCUACGCAGAAGAACAGAGUUGGUGUUUUCUAUGGAAUGACCAGUGAUGACUAUCGUGAAAUCAACAGUGGACAGGACAUUGAUACCUAUUUCAUUCCUGGCGGUAACCGUGCUUUCACUCCUGGUCGAAUCAACUAUUACUUCAAGUUUAGCGGACCCAGUGUCAGUGUUGAUACCGCUUGCUCUUCAAGUCUGGCUGCAAUUCACGUGGCGUGCAACUCACUUUGGCGAAAUGAAUGUGACUCUGCUGUCGCCGGCGGUGUCAAUAUUCUGACCAACCCCGACAAUCACGCUGGACUCGAUCGCGGUCACUUCCUUUCGCGCACUGGAAAUUGCAACACUUUCGACGAUGGUGCCAAUGGAUACUGCCGAGCAGAUGGCAUUGGUUCUAUUGUCUUGAAGAGACUGGAGGACGCCCAAGCUGACAAUGAUCCCAUCUACGGCGUUAUCUCCGGGGCCUAUACCAAUCACUCCGCCGAAGCAGUUUCUAUCACCCGGCCCCAUGCCGGCGCUCAAGCAUUCAUCUUUGACAAGCUUCUCAACGAAAAUGACUAUGACCCUAAGGAAGUCAGCUAUAUUGAGAUGCACGGUACUGGAACCCAGGCCGGUGAUGCUGUCGAAAUGCAAUCUGUUCUGGACGUCUUUGCUCCAGAUUAUCGCCGCGGGCCAAACCAGUCGCUUCACCUUGGUUCCGCCAAGUCGAACAUUGGCCACGGAGAAUCUGCUUCGGGUGUUACAGCCUUACUGAAGGUGUUGAUGAUGAUGCAAAAGAAUAUGAUCCCUCCCCACUGUGGCAUCAAAUCCAAGAUCAAUCACAACUUCCCCACCGAUCUUGCACAGCGCAACGUCCAUAUCGCUCUUAAGCCAACUACUUGGAACCGACCGGAUGGUGGUAAGCGCAAGACCUUUAUCAACAACUUCUCAGCCGCCGGUGGAAACACGGCACUGUUGAUGGAAGAUGGACCCCUGCGUGAACGCACUGGCAAGGACCCCCGAACCGUCCACCCGGUGGCCAUCUCUGCGCGAUCUAAGUCUGCCCUAAAGAACAACAUUGCCAACCUUAUUCAAUACCUUGACAAGAACAAAAACUUGUUCAACGUUAACGAGUCACAUCUUCUCGGUGAUUUAUCCUACACCACCACGGCGCGACGAAUCCACCACCCAUUCCGAGUCACUGCCACCGGCUCUACCCUAGAGGAGAUCCGCAGUGCAUUGAACUCGAGUGCAAGCGGUGACAGCUUUUCUCCGGUCCCUGCAGUUGCGCCUGGAAUUGGUUUCGUCUACACAGGUCAAGGCGCUCAGUACACUGGAAUGGGCAAGGAACUGUUUGAAAACAAUUCACAAUUCCGUGCCAACAUUGAGCGCUUGGACCGUAUUGGCCGGAGCCAGGGCUUCCCGUCCAUUAUGCCUUUGAUUGAUGGAAGUGUGCCUAUUGAGGAAUUGAGCCCUGUUGUCACCCAAUUGGGGACCACUUGCCUGCAAAUGGCUCUCACAAAGUUCUGGGUCUCCUUGGGCGUGACUCCUACAUUUGUUCUGGGUCACAGCCUGGGCGAAUAUGCUGCACUGAAUGCUUCUGGUAUUCUUACAACCAGUGAUACGAUCUACCUCGCUGGUCGUCGCGCCCAGCUGCUGGUGGAGCAAUGCAAGGUGGGAACCCACGCCAUGUUGGCUGUGAAGUCGUCUGUCGCGCAGGUCAAACAAUUCCUUGAUGACGAUACUGCAGAGGUAGCCUGUAUCAAUGCACCCGGUGAGACUGUGAUCAGUGGGGCCAUUGAGACGAUCGACCAACUUGCAGAGAAGCUUUCCAAGGAAGGCUUCAAGGCCACCAAGCUUAAGGUUCCUUUCGCUUUCCACUCUGCCCAAGUCGAACCCAUCCUCCAAGGCCUUGCAGGGAUUGCCAAGGGAGUAACUUUCCAUGAACCCACCAUCCCGUUCGUCUCUGCCCUUUUGGGUGAUGUCAUCGAUGGGGCAAACCUUGAAGUCAUGGGUCCUAGUUACUUGACUCGUCACUGCCGGGAGACUGUCAACUUCCUUGCUGCCCUGGAAGCCACCCGUCAUGCUAAGCUCAUGAAUGACAAAACACUAUGGCUUGAGAUUGGCUCGCACCCAGUCUGCUCUGGAAUGGUCAAGUCGACCUUCGGGCCUCAGGCGACGACAGUCACCUCUCUUCGUCGCCAGGAAGAUACUUGGAAGGUCCUGUCGAACAGUCUUUCGGCUCUUUAUCUCUCAGGCAUUGAUCUCAAUUGGAAGGAAUAUCAUCAAGAUUUCAGCACGGCGCACGAAGUCCUUGCUUUACCUGCGUACAAGUGGGAUCUCAAGAACUAUUGGAUCCCGUACACCAACAACUUCUGUCUGCUUAAGGGUGCUCCAGCCACACCUGCGGCUGAGGCUGCACCAGUCACGACCUUCCUGACUUCCUCUUGCCAAAAGGUUCUGGAGACUAGCGGCGAUCGGACGUCGGCGACUGUUACGAUUGAGAACGACAUAGCGGACCCAGAGUUGAACCGUGUCAUUCAAGGUCACAAGGUCAAUGGGGCCGCGCUCUGCCCAUCAUCUCUCUAUGCAGAUAUUGCCCAGACGUUGGGAGAAUUCCUUGUGGAGAAGUACAAGUCUGAAUGGAAAGAUCGUGGCUUCAACGUAUGUGAUGUGGUGGUUCCCAAGCCUCUCAUUGCCAGGGGGGGCAAGCAGCUGUUCCGCGUCUCUGCUACUGCCAAUUGGCCUGAAGAGAGCGCCAAAAUGCAGGUGUGGUCUGUCACCCCGGAGGGCAAGAAGAUUCUCGACCACGCAUCCUGCACAAUCAAGUUCUUCGACACAAGUGUCGCUGAACUCGAGUGGAAGCGGAGCGCCUACCUCAUCAAGAGGAGCAUUGAGCAUCUCAAAGAGAGCACAGAGACUGGUCAGGCUCACCGGAUGAAGCGUGGCAUGGUCUAUAAGCUGUUCAGUGCCCUGGUCGAGUAUGACGAAAACUACAAGUCCAUUCAGGAAGUCAUCCUCGAUAGCGAUCAGCACGAGGCUACUGCAUUGGUUAAGUUCCAGGCGCCGCCUGGUAACUACCACCGCAACCCCUUCUGGAUCGACAGUAUCGGUCACUUGUCCGGUUUCAUUAUGAACGCAAGCGAUGCGACUGAUUCUAAGAACCUAGUCUACGUCAACCAUGGGUGGGACUCUAUGCGCUGCUUGAAGAAAUUUGAUCCCAACGUCACCUAUCGCACAUAUGUGCGUAUGCAGCCCUGGCAAAAUUCAAUCUACGCUGGUGAUGUAUAUCUCUUCGACGGAGAUGAUAUUGUGGCCGUUUACGGGGGUGUACAGUUCCAAGCCUUGUCUAGAAAGAUUCUUGACACUGCUCUUCCUCCUGCCGGUGGCUCUGCCCCUAAGCCUGCUGCUGCUUCUAAGCCCAAACCUGCUCCCAUUGAUGUGGAAAAGUCGCAGGCUCCUAGGCCUAAGAAGUCUGUGGUGUCACCAAAGUCUGCAGGACCUAGUAUCGUCACGAAGGCUCUUGCUGUUCUAGCCGAGGAAGUUGGACUUUCAACGAGUGAAAUGACUGACGACCUCAACUUCGCUGAUUAUGGAGUGGACUCUUUGCUUUCCUUGACUGUUACUGGUCGCUACCGUGAAGAGAUGGGCCUUGACUUGGACUCCAACGUUUUUGUGGAUCAACCCACGAUCAAGGACUUCAAGCAGCUGCUGGUACAGAUGAGUCCCCAGGAUAGCAGCAAUGAUGGAUCAAGCAGCGAGCCGGAUCUGUCGUCUUCGGCUUCGUCAACUGAUCUCUCGACUCCAAACUCGAGCGGUCUGCCUACGCCUGCCAAUGAGAAGUCCAUGACGCUCGGACAAAAUGAGACCAUGAAGCAAAUCUGCGCCAUUCUGACAGAGGAGAUUGGCAUUGAACCUGAAGAGCUUCGGGGUGACGCUAAUCUUGCCGAGAUGGGUCUGGACUCUUUGAUGUCACUUACCGUGCUUGGCAAGAUUCGUGAGACUCUGGAUCUCGAGCUCUCUGGAGAAUUUUUCAUUGAGAACCAGACACUCGAUGAAGUUGAGGUUGCGCUAGACUUGAAGCCCAAGGCUGUACCCUCUGAGCCUAUCAGAUUGCCCGAGGAGAUUCAUGUUCAAGCCCCUAAGAUUGCUCGCAGCUUGAUCCAACACCCACAGGCAACCUCGAUCCUCCUGCAAGGAAAUCCCAAGACUGCGACUCAAAAGCUGUUCUUGUUUCCCGAUGGUUCUGGAUCAGCCACCUCCUAUGCAACGAUUCCCGGUAUCUCCCCUGAUGUUUGCGUCUACGGGUUGAAUUGUCCGUACAUGCGUACUCCCGAAAAGCUCAACUUCAGCCUUGACGAACUCACAUAUCCAUACGUGGCUGAGAUCAGGCGCCGGCAACCAACUGGUCCAUACAACUUCGGUGGCUGGUCUGCUGGUGGUAUCUGUGCCUAUGAUGCUGCACGGCACCUCAUCUUCGAGGAAGGUGAGCGAGUUGAGCGGCUGCUCCUUCUCGAUUCUCCGUUCCCAAUUGGCCUUGAGAAGCUUCCUCGUCGCCUGUACAGAUUCUUCGACUCUAUUGGUCUCUUUGGCGAGGGCAAGGCUCCUCCUCCAAAGUGGCUUCUCCCUCACUUCCUGGCCUUUAUUGACUCAUUGGAUGCCUAUAAGGCAUCCCCAUUCCCAUUCGAUGAGACCAAGCAUGCCGGAAAGAUUCCCAAGACCUUCCUGGUCUGGGCCAAGGACGGAGUUUGCAACCAGCCGAAUGACCCGCGCCCUGAACCUGCCGAGGAUGGAAGCCCCGACCCUCGGGAGAUGCAGUGGUUGCUGAACAACCGUACCAACCUUGGUCCCAAUGGAUGGGAUACACUUGUUGGUCCCAAGAAUGUCGGUGGCAUCACUGUCAUGGAGGGGGCUAACCACUUCACCAUGACUCGUGGUGAGAAGGCGAAGGAACUGGCAGCAUUCAUUGCGGGUGCCAUGAACUCUUCUUGAACAAAUUGCAUUCAUAGUCAAGUUCAUUUUUUUGGUUUUAUCAUUUGAUGCUUGAAGUUGGCUAACGGCGUACGGUUGUUUCCAUUCUUUUCCUCUGUUGGUUGAUGAUACUUCUAAUCUUCUCUUCUUGUUUGUUUUAUUAUCAUACAAAUAAUUCCGUGUAAUAGCUCAUCCAUAGGAUAUAAUUCAAUUUCUAAAUAUGACAGAUUGUUCUCAGAAAUAUGGAUGUGAUUCAACACAGCGGAUAAUGUGGAGGGACAUUACGAACCUACCUGAAUCUUUGGGCGACAAUUUUGUUAGAAUGACGAUAUAAACGUCAUAGAUAGCCAUUUCUAGCGAGUAUCGGUUCCAAUACGCGAUGGUAGAGAACGGUAGCAUUAGAAGGCGGGUUGCAGUGCUCCUUGACCCACGGCUUCAUGGAUAGAUACCAUUUGACCGAAAUUUACCAUAUCUCCAUCUCACGAAUAGCGUUGGACAUUCUCCAUGUGCCAAGGCUGCAAGUACUUGCACAUGCAGAUAAGAAGUAUGUAUUGAAAUUGACAAGCGCAAGUCUGAAUUGCGAUUUACCGAUUGACGCUUUGUAACUCCUCUCUAAAAUGCAAAAGGCUAAAUACUUGGGCCGAGACGGAAUGGAUAUCAUCAGAAAGGCAUCUCGGAACUAAACCGUAGGGCACUGCCCCGGCCAGCAAGACCGUUACCGUUGCCAUUAUGGCCGACGCCCGGGCUCGUUGGACGGCUACUGGCAGCCCACUUCGGACUCCGCGGCUGUGUGCUUGUCGAACGCGUGGAUGGGCGAUUCUUACGGAUCUCCCGCAGUUCAUCUUCCUUCUUUCGUAGCAAAUCGUCCCGCGAAGCGAGAAUCAACUCUAGCUCGUUGAUUCGGGCAAGGUGACGAACCGCGUCGUUCUUGAUGUUCAUUUCCCGAAGUUGAACAAUGUUACCUUGCACCUUGCGAGUUAGAGCCUCAUUUUCGUGACGAACUUGACGAAGCUCAUUUCCUGCUUGUGCGGCCACUGUGGAGGCGGUCUGAUAUUGCUCGCGAGUGUACUCCGCUUGAUUCUUCUCGUACUCAGCCUUACGCUCGAGACUUGCUUUCUCGCUGGUAAGACGGCGAAUCUCUUCCCGAGCUGUCUCCAGUUCUGCCAGAGAGCCACCACCAUUCUUGAGCUCCUGUCGCGCUCCCUCGAGCUCGGCCUUUAACUGUGAGCGCUCCUCUUUCAGUUUGAAUAAGUCCUCCCUUUGCUUCUCGAUUCGUUGCUCCAUGGAUGCCUUGCCCUCUGAUAGGCGACCGCGCUCUUGACGAGUCAGGUGUAAUUCCUUGGUUCGGGCUUCGUAGCGGUGUUGGAGGACACCCAACGCAGUCUCAAAUUCUUGCAAGCGAGCCCGGGUCUGCAAAAGCUCUCUCUGGAGUUGCUGCUUCUCUGUGUCGUGGGUGGCCUUCAUUUGGAUGAGACUUCUCUCCAACGAUGCCAGAUCCCGAUCCAGAGUUUGACUGGGUGGCUUCGUAGAUUGAGUCAUUUGGCUGGUAUCUUGAGUAUUAACCCGUGCGCGUUUUGAUAUGUAGUCUUCGUUUUCCU